CGGCGGGGCGGGCCGCGCCUGGCAAGGGCACCGGGCUCUUCCGAAAAAGAAAACUCGUGCUGUGGUGUCUGGGCUCUGAGCCGUCCUCGGAAGGACGCAGUGACUCUUCUCCAGGCUUUUGCAUCGGUCAGGCAUGAGAAAAGGCGACCUUGGCUUUCCAAGUCGCAUACGGCAGAUGUUCAGGGGGUUUGUUUCAUUAAGAUUUUUAGCUAUUGUAUAGUCAAUCCAGUUACAGGUAUGCCUACUUGAUUAUACACCGGAGAGGGUGACCAAAUACUGGAACAGGCUCCCCAGAGCAGUUGUGGAGUCUCCCUCUCUGAAGAUACUAAAAAGCUGACUGGACGUGUUCCUGAGUGACCUGCUGUAGCUGCCCCUGCUUUGAGCAGGUUGGGGUUGGACUAUGCGAUCUCCAGAGGUGCCAAACUGAACCAUUCAGGGAAUCUGCAAGACAAGCAGCCAUGGCUGGCCAUGACUCAGGAUCCCAACACCAGUUCACUGGAUUUCAGAAGUACUUCAAUUCCUAUACCAUCACAGGCAGAAGGAAUUAUGUAAUAGCAACAUACACCAGUAUUGCAAUGCUCAUCUUGUAUUUCAAGCUUAGACCUAAAAAGAAAACUCCUGCUGUGGCAGAUAAGUAAAUGGUUGCUGGCAUGUCCAAACCUCCAGUCUGUGUCAGUGUAAUGCAAGCUGAUGACUUGUUGUGGCUAAUAAAAUAUAAAUAAUUACUUGUUUUAUUGGAAAUAUGAAA